GAGAGCUGUGGGCCUUCCCAGCCUGAGCCACCGCGAAGCCCAGUGCAGAGGCGUGAGGGCGCGGCGGCGCGCUGGUGUCCUCCCCGAGCCGCCCCCAGCUCUGGGGGAGCGCGGGUUGCCCUGCUGCCAUCGCUGAAAACGCCUCAUCGCUCACCUUAGCCCACAGCUACGGCUGUGGGGCUUCUCCUGCUUCAAACGUGCUCGGCCGGCGCAGCCCGGUGUGUGGGGAUGGCCUCCGCCAAGCCCCUGCCGCAAGCCCUGCUUCGCAGCCAAGCUUUGUGAGCCCUGUAGGCUGAGCCGCGGAAAACUGCUCCCGUGGAAAUGGUGGCCGUGAUGGAGGAACAAACGACCUGCGUGGGAAUUGCGGUUGCCAUUGCCUAAUCGUGCAGAAAGUUGAUUGGGACAUAGCGUAUAGUCUGAGCUGUUUUUCAGUUCUCCUGGAUUGCUUUAUUUCCUGUAUUUCAUUCACAAAACCAGACUGGAGAAAGCAAGUAUGAUCUUCUGGUAAUUGGUGGAGGGUCUGGAGGCCUUGCUUGUGCAAAAGAAGCUGCUCAAUUUGGAAGGAAAGUGGCUGUUUUGGAUUAUGUGGAACCUUCUCCACAAGGAACCAAAUGGGGACUCGGUGGAACUUGUGUGAAUGUUGGCUGCAUUCCUAAAAAGCUAAUGCAUCAAGCAGCUCUUUUAGGAAGUGCCCUUAAAGAUGCCCAACACUAUGGCUGGAAUAUAUCCCAACCUGUUCAACAUACCUGGUCUGUGAUGGCACAAGCUGUUCAGAAUUAUGUGAAAUCCUUGAACUGGGGCCACAGAGUACAACUACAAGACAAGAAGGUGAAAUAUUUCAACAUCAAAGGGAGUUUUUCAGAUCCACAUACAAUCCGUGGUUUAACAAAAGCAGGUAAAGAGGUUGUUAUUACUGCAGAGAAAAUUGUCCUUGCCACUGGAGGAAGACCAAAAUAUCCUACGCAUAUUGCAGGUGCGCUGGAGUAUGGAAUCACAAGCGAUGAUCUCUUCUGGCUAAAAGAAUCUCCUGGAAAAACGUUGGUUGUUGGAGCCAGUUAUGUUUCACUUGAGUGUGCUGGUUUUCUAACGGGCAUUGGAUUGGAUACUACAGUCAUGAUGAGAAGUAUUCCACUUCGUGGGUUUGAUCAGCAAAUGUCGUCUUUAGUAACUGAGCACAUGGAAUCUUAUGGCACAAAAUUUUUAAAGAAAUGUAUCCCAACCAAAGUUGAAAAAUUGGAGAACAACAAAUUACAAGUCACCUGGAGAAAUACUGACUUGGGCACAGAAGAAACAGAUUCCUUUGACACGGUGAUGUGGGCAGUAGGCCGAGUCCCUGACACCAAAACUCUCAAUUUGGAGACAGUUGGCGUGAAAACUAAUUCUGAAACUGGAAAGAUCAUUGUUGAUGCCAGCGAAGCUACUUCUGUUCCUCACGUUUAUGCAGUUGGAGACAUAACAGAGGGCCGCCCUGAAUUGACACCCACAGCAAUAGCUGCGGGAAAACUGCUGGCUCGGCGUCUUUUUGGCCAGUCUUCAGAAUUGAUGGACUAUGACAGUGUACCUACUACAGUUUUCACUCCCUUGGAAUAUGGUUGUGUUGGACUGUCAGAAGAAGAGGCUGUGCAAUGUUAUGGAUCAGAUAAUAUUGAGGUAUACCAUGCAUAUUAUAAACCUUUAGAGUUUACAGUGGCUGAAAGAGAUGCAACUCAAUGCUAUAUGAAAAUGGUGUGCUUACGAGAGAGAGAGCAGCGAAUCCUUGGCCUUCAUUUCAUUGGACCAAAUGCAGGCGAAGUUAUUCAGGGAUUUGCUCUUGGAAUCAAAUGUGGUGCUACCUAUCCUCAACUAAUGAAGACAAUUGGCAUUCACCCUACCUGUGCUGAAGAAAUUACCAAGUUACAUAUUACAAAACGUUCUGGCUUGGAUGCAACAGUCACAGGCUGCUGAGGUUAAAUAUCAUCCCUGGAAAGAAGGAAAAAGAGCACAAAAUAGAAAAGAAAAGGGGCAUUUUGAAUUGAAAUCGUUUUAAUGGUUGGACUUCCAGGAAUCUUUCUGAUUCCCUCUGUAGACACCUUUUUCUCACAGCCAGAUGAAGAAAUUGUCCUCCCAUCCUGAUAGUUCUAAAACCGGUGUGGUUCUACUGUAACACAUCUCUCUCUCUCCCUCUCAAAGCAUCUAUAACUCUUCUCUUGCUCAGAGCUAAGGAAUAAUCACUGUUUUAUACAUAAAAAUGUAUCUGAAGCCAUUGCCAUCUGAGGCCUUCUACAAUUUAGACAGUUGUCAUGUGAGUUUCUCUAUUGGCAUGGCUGACUGCCAAUAGAUGUGUCUUGCACUAUGUUCAUACAGAUGCCAGGAACCAGACAGGGCCUCCCUUAGAAGUGCACUGAUGAUACCUUCUCUGAAGUACUUGGAUAGUUCAUUACUGAUCCUAAUCUUGGACACUGAGACUCUGUACUCACCAGUAGAAAUGAGUUCCCAGAGUGUGUAACAAUAGGUAAGCAGCCAUCUUCAUUUUUUCUUUAAAAUGUGCUGUGUUCAGGAAUUUGAUAGAAAAUCAGUUAUCACUGAAGCUGUGCUGCUACUGGAUGAAUUCCCUGGCAGUGUGGUCAUAACAUUACGGUGUGAAGGCUGAUAGGUUUUUUAGUCAAUUCAGAGAUGCUAAAGAAAGAGUUUCAUGUUAUGGUGACUUCUCUUUCCACUCUUGAAAUUGCUAAUUCAUUUCAGUUCAAAAUAAAUUCACGUCUCACAAAUUACUGCUUGAACAGUGCAUAUUAUGCAGUGUUGACAAGUAGACUCAAAGCCACAAAUAUUCUAGCUCAUGCAGCUUUUUCUGUUUGAUAGAAUGUGGAAAUCUGGCUGACACAGUGAUAACUUUGUUGGUUUGUUUUUGAUAUUUAGUCACUGAUAAACUGGAUGCCACUUUUGAACAGAUUGAGAUUUGGGCUUUAAUAAAUACAUAUUACUGAAGGGAACUGUAUUAAACAGUGAUUUAGAGAAGAAAUGGUCCUGCUCAGAAUGCACUUUGAAAAUAAUUAUCUGCAAACUUUUUUCAGAAUAUUGGCCAGAGUAAGAAAGCAUUUUUCUAUUGCAAGUUCCUGGUCAUUUUUCUGCUAGCCAGAAGGGGGAGGUGCUGGUUAAUUUGUGACAAUAAAAAACAAACUAGAAAUCUUACAGUGAAGCUUCUUUUGCAGAACCCUGUUAAAUAGGUAGCCUGACAAAGGCAAAACACAAAACAAACUGCUUUGAAUUUCAGUCCAAAUUGCAGUUGGCAAUAUUUUGAUAAGCAUAGUCACCAAGACUUUGCACCCUUUACACUAGUAUAAUGCAUGCAGGAAAGGGAGAGGUGAUCUUUAGGUAAAACUUUUUUUUUUUUUUUUUUGCUGUUAAUUUAUAUCAAUGUUUCUGCAAGUGGAAUUUGAUAUUUUCUUAGCUGUCCUACUUCUGCUUAUUGCAGUCUGGGAGAAUAGUCUCACGAUCGUGUAUACCUUUGCCAUAUUUUUCUUUGACUGCUGUUUCACUGCAGAUUGCAAUACAGGCAAGUGAUUGGUCUCUUUCAGGGGUGAAAUAUUUCUUACCACCAGAAUUGUACCUGUCAUGAGCAACUAUUCAAGAAAAACUGAUCAAACAUUAAAAAAAAAAAAAGGAUGUAACAGUGUUUAUCACAUUCUCAUUUGUAUGAAAGUAUUCUGUUUUCAAGGAUUUGUUCUGACUUAAAAACAAACAAAAAAACACUUAAAUGCUUUCUCUCCAAAGCUUCCUGAUACUUCUAGUAAAAGAAGGAAGGAGUGUUACAGUUUAGGUGCAAGUGUCAUUCCCUAUCAGAUCUGCUGAUGCAUUUUUUUCAGCUCUGAAAUCAUCCAUAAGCUUGAGGAUGAAAAGAAAUAUUUUGAGUAAAAGUAUAGCUGGAAUGCUGCCCAGAAUUUGCUACUGCUUUUAGAAGAAAUGGUAUGAAAAUUUUACAUCUGCAUGUGAAUGUGUGCCUACCUGUGCACUCAGAAAGUUCCUGUCUCCUUUAGUAAAGGCCUGGGGAUAUGAUACACUCAAAAACCUACCAGAUUUUCCCAGUUGUAAAAAAACCAAAGUUCAUAGUAAAUUAUUUUUUUGAAAAUAUUUUACUUUGUAUUUCAAACAUUGAGAUACUGAGCAUCUCAGUCUACAGAGAUCUUGAUGUGAGAAUCAGCCCACCUCUGGCUAAAAUGGAAUGUGUAUAGGUAUACAAGAUUUUUUUUCCCUAGGGAUUCCCUAUCACAAUUUCUUUUGCAGCCAUGAAUUAAAACACUGGGGUUCAGCCAUGUGAAAGUGGCUGCAUUGUCCUGUUGGCAAUGCAUCCAACAGACUGAAUUCUCUUCUGCUUCAGGCACAUCAAUGGAAAAAUGAGUUUAUUUCAUUAUAAAGCUGAAAAUAAUCAUUUAGGACAACAAAUAGAUCUCAAGGGAAAGGGUCCUCAAUGUAUUUAGGGUGUGAAAUUAAUGCACAUCAGCAUUCUCUGAAGUAACAUCGUGGAGCAGUUUUUGGUUUUAGAAUUGCUGUGCAGACUUAAUGAAAAUUGCUGUUAUCUUGACUUGCAGCCUAGUUCUGUUUCUUAUUGAGUGCAAAAUGUUGUUGCCUACUGAAGUAAAACUAAAUGUCCAACCACACCUACGUAACCGUAAUGUCAGAACUGGGAGCAAGACAGAAUAAUGAAAACUACUAUGACUGUGCUUUUUUUCCUGAUGGAUUCCUUCCAUAACUCUCCAGGGAUGGUCCUUAACAAUUUUUUUUAAGCCUGACUAAUGUCAGCUGAAAUGGCUGAUGUACACAGCAAAAUUACUGAUAUGUGAAAGAUAAAAAUAAUUUUAGUCAGGCUGCUCAGGAUGCCAGCUGAUGAGGGCUUGUUUGUCAAACCAUACUAUGGUGCAGACAAGUCUGAGGAUUGCUGGGUCCCUCAUAUAUAUGAUCCCAAUAUUUAUUGUGUUGUGAUAUGAAUUAAUAAAGAAUAAUUUUUUCUA